AUAUUCGAAUGUGAUUUUUGAAUUUGAUUCGUUGUAAUAAAAACUUUGAUGUCGUUUUUUAUUGUAUUUCAUUUAUUUCAGUAUGAAAAUAUAUUUAUUUUUAUUUUUCCAUGUGUUUUUUGCAUUUGCUAAGAACAUAGAACGUGUGGCGGAAUAUGCGCUAGUUCAAAAACCGUAUGUACCUGUUGAAAAUAAUUUAAAAUUAUUAAGCGGUCCAAACUCACAAGACUUAAAGAAAAUUCAGGACGCAGGAGAUGCACUGUGGCCAUUUGGAAUUAUUACAUAUUAUUUGGAUACCAAAAGCUACGACGAAAUAAUUGCUCAGCGUGUUUAUUCAGUAAUGGAUGCUGUGCAAAGUGCAUCUUGCGUCCAGUUUAAAUCCGUCAUGACGAAGCCAUUGAAUGUCACGUGGUUACACAUCACUAACCCGCAGAAAAAACGAGAAUGCGUCCAUAAAACUUUUCAAUUGGAUCGUCAGGAAAUAACUGUAGUCCUGGGAUACGAUUGUCUGAAGGAAAGUGAUAUACUUCAUGCUUUACUCCACGCUAUUGGUUUGAAAGACGAAGUGACGCACCCAUAUCGUGAUCGCUACAUGCGAGUGCUUUGGAACAAUAUUAAACCAGAAUAUCGUCACCUUUAUCAAAUACAAGGAUUGCAUUCUUCAAAAGUUUUGACAGAGUAUGAUCCAACAAGUGUCAUGCAUUUUCAUGACCGAGCAUUUAGUAGCAAUGGACAGGCAACCAUUGUACCUUUGAUAUCUGGACUAAUGAUAGCCCCGUCUGAUCAUCUGUCACAACUGGACACUAUGAAACUAAGAUUGAUGUUCGAACAUGAAUGUAACAAACGUAAAGUAAGUGAAGUUAUCGAUUCAUGUAAAAAUGUAUUCCACGAUAAACUUACGGGUUCAGUUAAUGUAAUGGCUAACAUUCUUGAAAACGGCGAUGAUAACAAUAGUCCUAUUAAAGAAGGCACCAAUGAAAAAUCUGUGGACAAUAUUUAUCAAGUGCAUAUUAAUAGUAGUGAAAACGAUGGUCAAAGUAAUGAAACAGAAAUUAGUGACGAUUAUUCUGAAAAAAGUGAUUCCGACAUAGCAUCUUCUAUAAAUGAUGGAGUAACACACACAAAGAAAGAAAUAUCAGUUGAAGAUUCAAUUAAUAAUUAUGAAGAAAAUAAAAACGAAGGUUAUGAAAGCAUAAGAAAAUAAGCGAUAGAUAAGCGUACAAUAAAAAAAUAAAUGUUA